AUGGUGUCUAUAUAUUCAACAGUCUUCCCAUUAGUUGCCACAACCGUUGGUGUUGUGUAUUUUAAAGAAACACCUUCUCCUCUUGUAUUAGUUGGUGCUGCAUUUAUUUUGGUUGGAUUGCUGGUUGUGAUUGGAGCUCGAUAUCGAGAAACUCAAUUGGAACGGGCCAAUAUGAUUUCAACACAUACUGCAGAAGAUCAUGACAAUAAUAUUACAGAACAACAACAAUCAUCUACAUCAUUACCAUUGGUUUCAUUGAAUAAUGAGGAAGUUAAUUGCUCGCCUUCAGCAAGUGUUGACUGCGAGUCUUCGUCUAAAAGCUCAUUGGAGGGCAAAGUGUGA